AUGGGAUUAAAUAGUGAUUACAAUACAACUCGAGCAUCUAUGCAUGUCAAAUCCAACAAUGGUGGUAACAAUUUCAAUAAUGGAAAUAAUUCCAAAGGAAAUUUUGAGAACAAAAGGAAUCUCAAUUGUACAUUUUGUAAGAAAUCAGAUCACACUGCCACAAAAUGCUAUAGGCUAAUCGGAUUUCCAAAGGACUUCAAAUUCACCAAGAACAAGAAUGUUGCAGCUCAUGUAUCUGGUUUUCAGCCAAUUGGUGAAAAUGAAUCUAAGGAAACAGCUCACAUCACAAGUCAACAAUUACAAAGGAAUCAUACAUUUUGUAAGAAAUCAGGUCACACUGCCACAAAAUGCUAUAGGCUAAUCGGAUUUCCAAAGGACUUCAAAUUCACCAAGAACAAGAAUGUUGCAGCUCAUGUAUCUGGUUUUCAGCCAAUUGGUGAAAAUGAAUCUAAGGAAACAGUUCACAUCACAAGUCAACAAUUACAAAGGAAUCAUUCUAUGCAAGAAUUGACAAAUGAGCAAUAUCAUCAAUUGUGUUCUUUAUUGAGCAAAUUGAAUGAUAACAAUAGUGAAGGCAACCGAUUUGAAGAUCAAAAUAUCAAAGUCAAUCAGUCUUCUGCUCAUAUGGCUGGGCCCUUCAGUGAAGAGGCCACUCGUUCUUGGGCCAUUUGGAGCACAUGGAUGAAUGCGCAAGUUCGGGAUGCGUUUGUGGAUGCUUAG